CCAUUCCAAGCUUCACUUCCCACCACCACCUGUUCUUCAGCUGCUCACCACAAAACCACACACAGCCAAGAGCUUCACGAGUUCACGUCACCGCUUGAAGCUCGUCGCGUCCACGGCCAUGUCGAACGCCACCGAGAAGCAGGUCCAAAGGCCCCCGGCGGUCGCCGCGGACGCGGAGAUCCAGAAGGUGUUCUCCCGCUUCGACGCGGACGGCGACGGCCGGAUCUCUCCAUCCGAGCUGGCCGCGGUCUCGCGCGCCAUCUCUCCGCCGGCCAGCUCCUCGCACGGGGCGCGCGAGGUGGCCGCCAUGAUGGACGAGCUCGACACCGACCGCGACGGCUUCGUGGACCUCGGCGAGUUCGCAGCCUUCCACGGCCGCGGCCGCGGGGACGGCGAGCUCGAGGCCGAGCUGCGCGCUGCCUUCGACGUCUACGACGUCAACGGCGACGGACGCAUCACGGCGGCGGAGCUCGGCAAGGUCCUCGCGCAGAUCGGCGAGGGGUGCAUCGCCGAGGAGUGCGAGAGGAUGAUCGCCAACGUCGACGUGGACGGCGACGGAUGCGUCGGCUUCGAGGAGUUCAAGAAGAUGAUGUCCCCCGACGGCGCCGAAGCCCCCGCCCCCGCCGGGGGCCCUGUCGACAAGGCCAAGGAGUGACGGGUGUAACCAGGGGGAAAGGGCUGGAGCGUGUUUAGCAUUAUUAUGACCUAGUAGAAGAAAUACUCCUGCGUAACAUAAUGGGAAUAAAAAUCCAUCAUGGAUGUAAUGUAUCAUUGUGGCGUACGUCAAUGCAUUACUUUGCUGAUC